AUGCUUCUGUGCUCACCUUCUUCCAUCUCUGCUCACAAUCUUAGCAGAAACAGAACCAGACCUUCGCCUAUCAAUUCUAUGGCAGUUGACAGAAGCAGCUCCCGCGUUGCCACAACUGCUCCGCAGCGCAGGAACGGCACGUCAGCUCUCGAAGCUCGCAUCUCCCUCGUCAUCGCUCUCGCCUCCCAAACCUCUUCUCUCUCUCAGAAACUUCUGACGGAAUUGGCGGGUGAAACCGCGAAAUACGUGUUUUCGAAGAGGAUAUUCGAAAAUCGGACUUUAGAGGAAGCUUUGAUGUCUGUGCCGGAUCUGGAGACAGUGAAAUUCAAUGUUCUGAAACGCAGUGAUCUGUAUGAGAUAAGACAAGUUGAGGCGUCACUCUUACCGAUUCGUCGGAUGUCAUAG